CGGGGAUGGACACAUAGGAUAACACGCCGGGGAUGGACACAUAGGAUAACAUGCCGGGGAUGGACACAUAGGAUAACACGCCGGGGAUGGGCACAUAGGAUAACACGCCGGGGAUGGACACAUAGGAUAACAUGCCGGGGAUGGACACAUAGGAUAACAUGCCGGGGAUGGACACAUAGGAUAACAUGCCGGGGAUGGACACAUAGGAUAACACGCCGGGGAUGGACACAUAGGAUAACAUGUCGGGGAUGAACACAUAGGAUAACACGCUGGGGAUGGACACAUAGGAUAACAUGCUAGGGAUGGACACAUAGGAGAACAUGCCGGGGAUGGACACAUAGGAGUGAAUGCAGGGUUCGGGGAGAGUGGAUAUAGUGAAUGCAGGGGUCCGGGGAGAGCGGAUAUAGUGAAUGCGGGGUCCGGGGAGAGCGGAUAUAGU